UGCCCAAGUACCACUACCAUUGAAAGAAGUUUGGCAAUCUUAUUUAUUGGUUGCCUGAGCUUAUAGAUCCCACCUCACCAACCCCGUUAGAGUGGAGAUAGAUCAACUCGGCUUUGAAUAAUCAACCACAGUGAGCUGCACCAACCAUCCGAGUCUGCCCUCAAAGUUUUAACAACAGGGAUUCUGAAAAAUGGGAAGCCAAGUACAGAGAAAACCCAGAAUUCUGUGCCUCCAUGGAUUCAGGACAAGCGCUGAAAUUCUAAAAAAACUGGUCCUUCGAUGGCCUGCAACCGUGCUUGAAAAGCUAGAUCUUGUUUUCCUUAAUGGCCCAUAUCCUGCCCAAGGGAAGUCUGAUGUUGAAGGCAUUUUUGAUCCUCCUUAUUAUGAGUGGUUCCAAGCCAACCAGGAUUUCACUGAGUAUACAAAUUUUGAAGAAUGUCUUGCGUUUAUUGAAGACUAUGUGAUAAAGAAUGGUCCAUUUGAUGGUUUCAUGGGCUUCUCCCAGGGAGCAAUUUUAUCAGCUGCCUUGCCUGGGAUGCAGAGAGAUGGUGUAGCCCUUACUGAAGUUCCAAAGAUCAAGUUUCUGAUAAUAAUAUCAGGAGCCAAGUUUGGAGGAUCAAAGCUUGGACACCAUAAGCUGACUUCUACUGCAUUUUCAUCACCUCUCGAAUGCCCUUCUCUCCAUAUCAUAGGUGAAAUGGACUCCAUGAAGCCGGAGUCAACUGGUCUCCUGGAAUCCUUUGUGGAUCCUUUUGUGAUCAAUCAUCCCAAGGGGCAUACAGUUCCAAAACUAGAUGAGAAAGGCACGGAGGUGAUGCUUGGCUUCAUUGAGAGGAUUCAGAAGACCAUGCCAACAGAUGAGGAAUAGAUCUGCCUAAAUGCAGAACCUAACUAGUUUAUUGCAAAUAAUAUGAUUUUGGUGACCCGGCAAUGCUAGUCAUUAAACCAAAUCACCACACUCAUGAUGAAUCAAUGUCACAUGGGUGGUCGAAAUUGCGAUGGAGAUAUUAAUCCAAGUUAUAAUGCUCUUUUUCUUC